UACACUGAAGAUAUGUGAUAGCCAAACUCAAACCUGCACAGAAUCAGGCAAUGAUACUAUUGCAACCUGUGACUGUAAAAAAGGAUUGAUGAAGAAGUAUCUACAGGACUUAUCUUGUUCAUUGUGUACUGAUUGUUCUCCAGAGGACAACAGACAAUGUAUCAUAAAACAUGAUGUGCCACAGUGCCAAUGCAUGAUUAAUUCCUAUCGUAAGGGUGACAAAUGUCAGGAGUGUGAUUUUGGCUAUUCUGGAGAAAACUGUGAAAAUAAUUACGUGGCUAUCAUCGUAGGAGUGGCCGUUGCGUGUGGAAUUGUUAUUGUAGUCUUAGCUGGAGUGCUUAUUUACAAAUCAACCAGAGCAAAAAAGAAUCUCAAACCUGAGAGAAGGAGUUUGUUAAGCAAUGACUAUUUAGCAACAGAUAUAGCUUCAGAAAGCAAAUCUACCCAAAAUGUUGCUCCAAGACAGAAAAUCUUUCCCAGAAUCCAAGUGAAGAACCCAGCUGGCCAAGGAGAAUGGGCAAGAAACACUGGCGAAGGAAGCUCAGCAAACUCGGCCUACCUUCCUGAUCAAGACUAUGACGAUGUUGAUCCUUCCGCCUUUGAAUUGAAAGCCAGAAGCAAAUUCUGAGUCCAUUCAAAAGGAAGACUGAUCCAUCAUGAAUAUGGAUACUGGCACUGAAGAACUAUACCUACAAGAGAAGAAUGGUUUGUGAAGAGAUUAGAAUUGGUUAAAAUGGCUAAGCUUUAUUCUUUGAUAACUGGAAACCCCUUUUUGAUUAAAACAAAACAGAACAAAAAUGAACUGACAACUUGUGGAUUUAAGAACGAAGAGAAAAAAUGGAGAUAGUAGAAAAAAGUGUUUAUAUUUGGCAUAUAGGAAAUUGGGAGCCUUCCCCUUCCCCUUCAAAGUAGUUUGUGUGUGUGUUUUAAUUGUUUUGUUUGUCUUUUAAAAAUAACUUCUAAUAAAAAUAAUAUUGAAAUAACUAGCAAAUACAGAAUUAAAUUAAGGAACAGAAUAAAAGGUUUGGUUUUUAAACACAAAUACCAAUUCCCUAAUUCUCCUAUCUUGGCAGCCCAAUCCAGAUAGGGGAGCUGAAUGGCCACUGGAGUUGGUGCAGACUAUCACCGACACGUUUGCCCUUCUGGCUGGCAUAAGUGGUAUUUACGCCAGGUGGGAGGACAAAUAGGGAGGUGGAAAGACUUGCAGAACUGUGUCGGCCAAAUGUGGAUGCCAACACCACUAGGGUCAAUCCAGGGGCAGUCCCAGAGGCAGAGCUGAUAUUAGUUAGUUCCUACUGGGCUUUGGCCCCUGGAACACCAGAGGCAGAGGGGAUGGACUUACACCAGCUUUUUGGCUGGCAUAACUCCGUUUUCCCCUGUGAAGGGCUUUCGGACAGCUGGGGAUUCUCUAGCUUCUCCUGCCUCCCUGUGCCGCCUAAAAGUCUUUUGGAAGCAGCAGGGUAGCACAGAAGCAGCACCAUCCCUGGCUGUUUCCAAGAACUGGAUUGAGCUGUUAGACUUUAGACUUCUAGUGUUAUGUAUAAUCUCUGCAAGAAAGAAGUGACUUUAAUUAUUUGUGAUUACCUUUUGUCAUAGCUAUGAGGAAUAUUUUUCUGAUGAUCUUCUUUGCUUUCUAUAAGGAUUUAUUUCCCUACCCCCUCCUUCCCUGUGUCUUACAUUACCAACUUCCCUUCUUUCCUUUUAUAAUUUGUUUAUGUAGUUUUUAAUCUGCUUUUCAUCAGUAAAAUCCACUUUAAUUUUACCUAGCAUAUCAGGCACUGUAAAAAUCUAUAAAUAUUUAAAUAGUUUAGGUAUGUAUAAGAUAUUUUAAUUUAACUACCAUGUUAGAGUUUAGAUAUCUUUACUCUCAUUUAUGUUUACCAAUAUUCUGGUGAAUUUAAUUCUGUAAAACUGACCUGACUAUAAUGGUUUCAAAUAUAUCAGUUUCCUUGUGUAAAUAGCUAACCUUCUUAAUUAAAUAGUUACAAUGCAAAUUACAUUAUGUAUUCUAUUUAAUACGCUGCCCUUCCCUCCUGGGCUUGAUGUGGCUAUUCCAAAGGGGGGGGGGGCUGAAACUGCUUAGGAAAUGGUAUGACCCCAGCACUGAAGUAAAUGCCACUUUUGCCAGUGUAAGGAGCAUUUAUGCUGGCAUAGGGGGCACUUACACCAGUGCUCAAGAGUUGUGCGGGUGCCCAUACAGCCACAACGGCAGUGCUUCUAUCUGAAAUGUAGUUCCCCAAUAAACAUUUAACUUUAUAUU